GACUCACUCUUCACUAGUUUGUUUAAUUCUUUGGUUAGUCUUUUUUGUUUGGAAUAUGUUUUUGAGGUUUAUGCGUGGUUCGAGCAUCUCCAAAAUUAUGUGUUUAGCGCGGGGUGGUGGCUAUAGCUAUGCUCCAACCACUUCCCAAUCGCUCCACCCCGCAGCACUGCAACUUCACCGUGGAGUAUGCCACAUGUCGAGGAGGCGGCUCCGUUGGAAACUUGGGAUGAUGCAGUUGCUCAGUGGACUAAGGCACCGUUACUGCCUGUGGCGCCUCCGCCGCCUGCUGGGCGUGGCCUUCGACGAGGGCGGCUUCCAGGAGGGCACCCGCCAGGCGGCGGCCACCAUGAUCGAGGCAGUGCGUCAAGCGGAUUGGCCCUGCAUCCGGAGUUGCUGCACGGAGCGCGGAUCGGCGGAUAUAUACGGGUUGUCCCAGGUGCGCAGUUCCUAUGGGAGCUUGGUGCGAUUCCAGAGGGAGCACCUGAGACAUGCCCUCCCGGUGAGAGUGGUUCGUCGGUGGAUCGACGGACGCUGCUAUGUCCUGGUGGACAUGCUCUUCGUCGGCCUGCGGAAUCUGCUGGAUCUUGGUAGUGCCGAGGAGAAGCAGCAAAUGAUCCAGCGGAUUCAGGGCGUCCUGGCAGAUUCGCAGAUCGAAGAAAAGUUUGAUCCCAACAAUUGCCGACUAGCUAUUGCCGAAUUGGUACUCACCUUCUGCAAAGAACUGGGGGAAUCCUCCAGAGUGGAUCCUCCAAAUUCAGAGUCGGAAUCGGAUUCAGUUAAAGAUAUUGCAAGUGACGAGCAGGAGAAUGGCUGGCUAGUGGACUCCUAUAAAGUGCACCGCUUCAAGCUGAUUAGCUUCAGUCCAAAAACACUCAACUUUCGCGUUAUAGAAUUUAUGAAACCGGUUCAGCCAAAGUAACCCGAAU